AGUUUUCUCUGCAUAAAUAACACGCGCCUGAGAGCUUCCUGCCACAACACUGACAGAAACUGGGAGCACUUGAACGUCUCACCACCCCUGAGCUGCUGCGCUGCCCCCACCAUGGUUCGGACCGGUGUUGUGUUUGUGCUGUCGCUGCUGCUGUCGCUGACGUCUGCCGGAGUGUUUUUCACUCGCAAACAGCCGUGUUAUGUCCGCAACCCCAAAAGAAGCGCCGGGCUAAAGACGGCGCCUCGUCCUCACGAGUACUUGAACAUGUCCGACCUCCCUCAGUCCUGGGACUGGAGGAGCAUCCAAGGCGUGAACUACGCCAGCACCACGCGGAACCAGCAUAUCCCCCAGUACUGCGGCUCCUGCUGGGCGCACGGCAGCACCAGUGCCAUGGCAGAUCGGAUCAACAUCCUCCGGAAGGGAGCUUGGCCGUCCGCCUACCUGUCCGUGCAGCACGUGAUCGACUGCGGCGACGCCGGCAGCUGUCACGGCGGAGACCACGGCGGCGUGUGGGAGUAUGCGAACAAGCACGGGAUCCCUGACGAGACCUGCAAUAACUACCAGGCCAAAGACCAGUCGUGUAAACCUUUCAACCAGUGCGGCACCUGCACCACCUUCGGCAUCUGCAACAUCGUGAAGAACUACACGCUGUGGAAGGUGGACGAUUUUGGUGAGGUCAGCGGGAGGGAGAAGAUGAUGGCGGAGAUCUAUGCACGAGGACCAAUCAGCUGCGGCAUCAUGGCCACGGAGAAGCUGGACGCCUACACUGGUGGAGUCUACUCCGAGUACAGCGACAGUCCGUUUGUCAACCACAUCGUGUCGGUGGCAGGAUGGGGGGUGGAGGACGGCGUGGAGUACUGGAUUGUGCGCAACUCCUGGGGAGAGCCAUGGGGGGAGAAGGGUUGGCUCAGGAUCGUAACCAGCGCCUACAAAGGAGGCAGCGGCAGCUCCUACAACCUGGCUGUGGAGGAGGACUGCAUGUUCGGAGUCCCCAUCAUAGACAAGUCUCACUAGAACCUCCCUGUUGGAGGGAGAGUCACCGCUGGAGGACACGCUCGCGAUCGUCUAUCACCAGACUGUUGAACAGUCUGACUCACCAAUGGCUCCACAUGUUGGCACAAGCCACAAAUGCUUCGAGUGUUUUGUUUUUAAAAAUGACUUGCUCUCAACGUGCCUUUUUACACGCUUGUCCAGUUUUACUGAUCUUUUUAGCUGGCAAUUUUAAGUGCCAAUAAAUUCUUGUGAGAAACAAGUGUCUC